CAGAAACCACCUCCAAAAUAGCCUAAAAAAAGGCAACAAAGGCUGCCCUAGGGCAGCUGGUUUCCUGGCGGCUGGUGCAGAUGUCGACCUCUAAGAAAAGAGUCCCCCUUCGCAGCAGCUGAAAGGCAGGGGGCGGCCAGUGAACCAUGUCUUUCCCAUUUUGGUUAUCUAUUUUUGGUCUCCUUGAGUUGCAGGGUUACCGUUUAACUUGCUUCUCUUGUGGCUCUGGGCUCAAGUGGCAUGCAGUGCAAGCACUGCGAGCAUGCUUGAGCCGAAAGAUGACGAAGGUGAUGUGCUGAAGAGAGUAGGCCUCUCUGUGCUCAGCAAUACCAGCUACUGGACGCGCAGCAAAGAGGAGGCUUCCGAUGCCGAGCAGCACUUGACCCAGUUGCGGCGGGAGGCGCAACUCCGGCAAGCGCGCUGUGAGGGGCAGCUGGAGACACUGGCGAGAGAAGCCAAAGAAGAGCAGGAGCGGCGACUGAUCUCCGAUAAGAUUAGCCGGGAGCUGGCCAGCUUGCGGGAGGAGCUGCACCGAAAAGAUGCCCAGGAAGAGGAGCGUCUGCGUCAUUUGUAUCGAGGCAUUCUGGGUCCGAAAGAUGGACCUGUGCAGCUUGGCGGCACGUGGGAUUUUCAACCAUUUUGUACUGUUUUCACAGGCAGAUGUCAGACUUUUCACUGGAGGACCUCAGGUCCAAGCCCGCUCCGCUGAUCUACAGCGAAGCCAAGUUGCUGACAGAUGAUUGGGAAGAGUCCCUGUUCAGAGGUGAGCGUUUGCGAGCAGCUCGCAAGAAGGUCCAUGCCACCAAGGUCCAUGCAGGACUGGAUGCGCCUGGGAGCGCUGCAAUGCGUUUCACUCCAGGAAAAGACGAGGCCGACCAAAUGCUUCGAGUGAACUUGGCUCGCUUGGAGCGGCUCGAGCGCUUUGGCCUCUGAGAUUGGAACCUGAACAAGUGGGCCGACAGGCCAGAACCCCUAAGAGUAGGGAUGUUGAGGGAUGGUUCAGGUUUUUAGGACAUCCC